GUGGAAGUCAGGCUGAGGUAUCUUGUCUGCCAGCAAAUUUUGUCCAGUGUGCAGUGUUUGUAUCCUGUCCCUCCGCGUGUGGUGCCUUUUGGGUCAUCUGUGAAUGGCUUUGGGAAACGUGGUGCUGACCUGGACAUGGUGAUUGAGCCCUGUGUUCCCAACUUCCAAGAGAAGAACAACCUGUUUUUCCAAGCCAAGGAAGCCUCCAACAGCCCCCGGGUGCAGACCCAACGUCAGCUAGAACUAGUGGGAGACAUUCUAUCCCGUCUAACCCCGGGUUGCGUUGCGUUGCAAAGAAUACUCCAGGCCCGGGUUCCGAUCGUGCGUUUCCGCCACGACCUCGCUGACGUCGACUGUGACGUGUCCAUGGAUCCCCUGGGUUCCAAGAUGUCCGAAUUGCUGUGGUCCUUUGGGAAAAUGGAUCCGAGGGUCAGGCCUUUGAUAUUUGCCGUGCGGAAAUGGGCUCGCAGUCGGGGCCUCACCACCGUGCAUCCCGGGAAAUGGAUCUCCAAUUUCGGGCUCACUGCGUUGGUGCUGUUUUAUUUGCAGUGUGUGGAGCCGAGUGUGAUUCGUGUUGCUUUCAAAGGGAGUGAAGCGAGUCCGGAAGCCGAGAGCAAGAAUGAAAUGAACCUCGGAGAGCUGCUCACUGGAUUCUUCGAAUUCGGGGGCCAGUUUGACUUCAAGACCAAGGGCAUGUCUUUGGUGACAGGAAAAGCGUGUGCCAAGCCUGACCAUUCCCCGUUAUACGUGGAGAAUCCCUUGGACCGGAGUUUGAACGUCACUAGAAACGUCAGCGGUGACGAGGUGGAUAGGUUUGUGCGCCAGUGUCGGGAAUCUGCGUGGAGUGUCGAGUCCAACCAUGCCAGUUUACCGGACCUGUUGCUGCCUGCUGGGAGCUCAAUGCGGUUUGAUCUCACAAGCGUCAGUACCACCUUGCCCAAGUUCCAAGUGAAGAAUUUGUUCUCGCUGGGAAAGGAACCCGGAAGCCCACCGGACCGGAAGCAAAAGAAAGACACGGGUUUCCGGAGAUCCAGUGUUGGAAAACGUGCCUUUACUAAAAGAUAGUGAAACGAUUUGUUGUAGGCAUUAAAGACUUGUUGAAGCUGAA